CAACAAGAAGAGCAGCAGCAACAACAAGGCGGUGAAUCCUUCUCCAGGCGUGAGAAGGCUGGSCAGCAGAGCUCUUCACAAGAACAAAGACAACAACAAAAAGGAGGCAAGUCGUCAUACCAACAUGAUCAGAAGGCCAGACAAGAGAACUCUGCUAACAUCUUCAGCGGUUUUGAUACUGAGACGUUGGCCCAAGCUUUUGGUGUAAGCACGGAGACGGCAAGCAAGCUAAAAGGUGAAAAUGAUCAGAGGGGAGGAAUUGUUAAUGUUGAGAAAGAGCUUCGGAUGAUUAUGCCAACUUCUAGCGAAGAGGACGAAGAAUAUGAACAGGAACAACAAAUGGGUGCAAAUGGUGUAGAGGAGGCGAUUUGCAACAUGAGAUUUAGACAGAACAUUGAAAAACCCAAGCAUGCUGAUUUCUACAGUCCAUAUGGAGGACGCGUCACCAUCCUCAAUAGUCAAAACCUCCCAAUUCUGCAGACCCUCCAACUCAGUGCYGAGAGAGGAACUCUCUACCAGAAUGCUAUGUUGUCCCCUCACUGGAACAUCAAUGCACACGGCAUCAUCUAUGUUCUUAGUGGAGAUGCUCGGGUUCAAGUUGUUGAUAACUCUGGACAAACAGUCUACAAUGGCCAGCUUCGUC